GCAGCCUCUACGCCCAAGGGUGGCUUGAACCAGUGCGCCAAGCACAAGGGUUACUACGACUCCUACAUGAACGGUAUCACAUGGGAGCAGUUCUCGGCUAUGUACCAGGUCGAGAAGACGGGGAUCACACUCGACAAGGCAUUCGAGCAGCACUCCAACGGCAAGGGCCCGAACUUCGUACCCGAACCAGCUCAAAUUGGCCAGUCUUUCAAACAGCGUAUGGUGGUUAAGUACACUGCCCCAACGAUGAGCGACUUGAAGUAUACAGUGAAGCAAGUAUUCGAUUGGAAUAUCACCCGCAAGCUCCUGGCUGGCGUCCCGAUGGUGAAAGCCAGGGACCCGCGCACCGACCAGCUGGAGGAGUUCUACUUGUUCCCAUACGACCCCGUCAGCGACUUGCCCACCUGGGUCUGUGAGUUCGUCUUGGAGCAAGGCCAGCGCAAGCAGGCCAUGUCGCCAGAGCAGCACGCAUACUUGAACCACGGCGAGGAGGUCUUCGACUGCGUGAAGAGCACCGUGGACUCCAAGUAUGGCCCGACAGACAGCAAGUACAAGCUGACGGUUACCUGGGAAGAUUUCCAAGAUCGUUUGGCCACGAAGGAAAACAAGAGGAUCGCGAAACUCCAGCCAGGCAAGGCUGUCAAUGUCAAUGACGAUGAUGACGAUGACGACAUUGGUGGCCCCGAAGUCGGCGGUGAUGGCAGCGCCAAGCAGCAGGUUCACGCCGUGCACGAUAGCGACGGUGACACCGCGAGCCAGACGAGCCUGAUCACAAUCGCCAAGACUGUGCGAAUGCAGUUACAGGCCGAUGAUGCCACCAUCUGCAAGGAUGACCCAGCCGACGUCAUCGUCGCAGAUCACAGGAAGCGUUGCGACCUCUGGAAGGCAAUGGAGUUGGGCAACCAGGGGAACGCUCGUCACCAAGCCACGUUGGCAGCGAGGCGCCUUCGCGAGAAGAAGCUCAACACCAAGGCCGACACGAUCGAUGCCUGGACUCAGAAGCAUGCCAAGGUGGAGGAACUCUCCCACGUGAAGAUCUUCAAGGCGGACCCAGAAACCGUGAACAAUGCCCUGAAGUGCGCGUUGCUGGAGUUCGAUCGGCUCCCCCUCCAUGUGGAAGUCGACCUGGUGACUAUCAAGGCGCGGGACGCCCGCAUGCGUUGCGACUUGGACGCAGCUUCGCUCAACGCCUGCUUCGACAUCCUCUGGCCCAUCGCUGUUGUUCACGGAGAUGGUGGGAAUGGGGAGCCGCAGCCAGAGUUUGAUUGGUAUGAUCCCAUGGGGUCGCUGAUGAGGUGCAGCUUUAAGGACAAGGCGAAGCUAUUCAGGAGCGAGUGGACGCAGGCGGUCGUGGUUGACGGCAUGUGCACGCAGGACGAUGGUGCCUCUGCCGAUCUGAUCCAACGACAUGCCGAGCACGUCCUCAACAAGCUGAAGCAGAAUUGCAGCGAGUUCGGCGAACUGACUGACGGCGCAGCGGACCUCAUCGGGGAGACUCUGCUCAUGAUGAGGGUCAUUUGCGGCCUCUGCGACAUGAGGAACCUCGUGCACGAUGAGUACUUCAUGGCCGUUGACAGCUUCUCGCGGGUCAACUUAGCGGGCAAGGAGCUUUCGCCCAUGCCGCACAAGUUCUACUGCGCCCUGACGGAGUCAAAGUUCUUUGGCAAGCUGUUCUUCAAGUUCUCCGAUUUGCGCCCGAUGCUGUUGGACUUCAGGGCCAACAGUGCCAUGGUUGAGGACUUCAUGGAGGGAGUGACAGAGGACUCGGACUCCAAGGACGGCUCUCGUACGUUCGACAUGGGCGACCCUGACGCGCUCACGAAGUGCUUGACUGUCUACAACACGGCGGGUGCAGCUGGCCUCACCGAUGUCGUUUCGGGAUUCGGGAAUGAGGUUAGCAAGUGCGUCGUCAAUUACGGGGAGAUGUUGUUGGAGGCGGUCAGUGCCGCCCCUGACGCGGGGUUGCACUGCGAUAUCGUUAGCGGCUUCAGCAAGGUCCUCUCGGAAGCAUCUGUGACGUUCCCCCACAAUGGCGACAUCGCUGAUCAACUUAACAAAAUCGGGCUGAUCCUGCAGAGAGGGGCAGCAACGACGAACACGGACAAGGUGUUCGGCUCGUUGCGCGAUUGCGCCGAGGACCCCUGCGACGAGAAGCUCGACCUCGUCGUGCAGACGCUCAAUGCGAACAAGCAUUUGGAGAUCUCCGUUGCGCAGGGCACGGAUGUCAAGAAUUACGUGGUCUCCCUUGUGAAGAGCACGAUCGUCAACCCAAGCUUAGACAUCACGCACAGCAAAGUGAACGACGUGUGUUGCAACUUCCUCAAGCUCGUGCCUGGCGGCGCCGACGACUUGCACGCCCUGGCAACCUCCAUCGUGUCAUUCGUUGCGCGCACCAAGCGCCUGACGGAGUCCAUUGCCGCGGUCGGGGAGAGGGGUGCAGAUUCGGAGGCUAGCGAUAACAUCGAUGAUAUCGUAGACUUGAAGCAGGCCUUGGACGUUAUGGACUCCACCAAGCCUCCGCCGAAGUCGUGCGAGCUGCAGGGCGGGCACUUCAGCGACGUCAUCGAUUCAUUGCAUGACAAGGCUGGCUCCGAGAGUUCGAAUGGGAAGGAGCUGCUGACGGCGUUCUCCACGAAGGAGGUCGACCACUCCAAGAACUCGAUGGCCACGCUCACGUCAAUAAUCAACCAGGUGGCUGGCGGCAUGGAGGACAGCAAGCACUGGCUGGAUGGCUUCGUCGAGCCGCGGAAGGUGAACCUCAAGACGUUCCUUGCGUACGCUGGGAAGACGAUCCGCAAGUCGGAGGUGGCCGCGUCCUUGGACGCUCAGGUGGACAAGUUGCUCGAG